GCUCGGGGACGUGCGGGCCGGCCAUGGCCUCAGGGGGGCCCGCGGAGCGGCUGCGCGAGGAGGCGCGCUGCGCCGUGUGCCUGGACUUCCUGCAGGAGCCGGUGAGCGUGCUCUGCGGGCACAGCUUCUGCCGGCGCUGCAUCUCCGAGUUCUGCGCGAGGACCGCGGGUGCGCGGGAUGGGCUGUUCGCCUGCCCGCAGUGCCGCUGCCCCUUCGCGCCCGACAGCUUCCGCCCCAACCGGCAGCUGGCCAGCCUGGUGGACAGCGUGCGGCGCCUGGCGCUGGGCGCGGGGCCCGCGGGGGCGCGGCUGUGCGCGCGGCACGGCGAGGAGCUCAGCGGCUUCUGCGAGGACGACGGGACGGCGCUGUGCUGGGUGUGCGACUCCGGCCCCGAGCACCGCGGUCACCGCAUGGCGCCGCUGCAGGAGGCCGCCCGGGGCUACCAGGCAAAACUCCAGAUGGCCCUAGAGCUCAUGAGGAAAGAGAUGGAGGAGGUCUUGUCUCAGGAGACCCAUGUGGGGAAGAAAACUGUCAUUUGGAAGGAGAAGGUGGAGGCACAGAGGCAGCGCUUCAGGUUGGAGUUUGAGAAGUCGCGUGGCUUCCUGGCCGGGGAGGAGCGGCUGCAGCUGAGGCGGCUGGAGGAGGAGGAACGAGCCACCCUGCACAGACUUCAGGAGGGCAGGGCCCGGCUGGCCCAGCAGGGCAGGGCCCUGAAGGAGUUGGCCGAGGAGCUGGAGGAGAGGUGCCAGCGUCCCGCCGCAGCUCUGCUGGAGGGGGUGAGAGAAGUCCUGAGGAGAAGUAAGGAUGUCCUGCAUCUGGAUCUGGAGACCGUCCCCAUGGAGCUGAAGACAAUGUGCCGCAUCCCCGGGAUGCGAGAGAUGCUGAGGAAGUUCCAAGUUGAUGUAAAGCUGGACCCGUCCACAGCACAUCCGAGCCUCCUCCUGACCGCCGACCUGCGCAGCGUGCAGGACACAGAGCUCUGGAGGGACGUCCCCAACAAUGCGGAGCGAUUUGACACAUGGCCUUGUGUGCUGGGCUUGCAGGACUUCUCAUCGGGGAGGCAUUACUGGGAAGUCGUUGUUGGAGAAAGAGCAGAGUGGGGUCUAGGCGUCUGUCGAGACACAGUGUCAAGGAAGGGGGAGACCACUCCGUCCCCGGAGAACGGGGUGUGGGCUGUGUGGCUCCUGAAAGAGAGUGAGUACAUGGUCCUCGCCUCCCCAUCAGUGCCUCUCCACCCAGAGCGGCCUCGCAGGGUUGGGAUUUUCUUGGACUAUGAAGCAGGUGAAAUCUCCUUUUACAAUGUCACCAACGGGUCCUACAUCUACACAUUCAGCCAACUGCUCUCCGGUCUUCUCCGACCUUACUUCUUCAUCUGUGACAUAAUUCCUCUCACUCUACCACCUGUGACAGAGGCAGAGGCAGGAGAUCCUGCUUUCAGUAGUCAGUCGUCUUGUCCAUGAUGUUAACGUCAGUCCUGAAUAUUCCUAAAAUCCUCUUCCUGAGCACGCUAAGCCUGGCAAUGGUGCCGGUGGUGGAGUGGAGCCCCCGGGGACACCUCCACUCAGAGCAGCACUUUGAUCCUUAUAGCUGUGUAACUGUUCCCACUGGGACCAAGCAGAAAAUAUGAAAUCCUUGCAUGUAGAGGGACGUCGUGGAACAUGAUGAUUUUAGAAAUGGAGGAAUCUCAUCAGCCUUUUUCCAGAUGGCUCCACACAUUUUCUUGAGAGUUCCUUCAAAUGCAUCAACCCUGGAUUAAACAAGGAUUUCAGGACAUCCAUUAUCAUUUCUUAUUCCUUUUAAGAUGCUUUCGUUCUGAGUCUUUCAUAUAUUAUGAAAUGGAAAUGAAAAUUCUUGAGUUGGUCCAGAACAGUCCAAUAUUGUUCCAGCAUCAGAUCUGUAAUUAUUUUUCUCCUCCUUAUUUUCCUCUUCCCCUCUCUGUCAGUCUCCCAUUCUCUGUCUCUCUUUGUCUCUCUGCCUCUGCUUUUGUUUCUCCCUUUCUAUCUUGCUCCUGUUUUUUUUAAACCUUCUAUUGUUUAACCUUUCAUCACCUAGAUUACUAUAUUCAGAACCACUUCUUUUUAUACUGUAUCUCUCUAUGAUAUGUCGAAUUACUUGUUAAGCCUUCUUUAUUCUGGGAUCAAUUUUUAAGGCUUACAAAAUUCAUUCUGUGAAUCUAAUAUCACUGAUUCUUACAUCAUACCCCUCUGAGAUGAAACUUUUCCUUUAUCUUUGGAUACAUAUUUCAGAGUAGAAAUUUCUCAGAAUUCUGAUUCAACCAGUUCUCUGGACUAGCCUUCACUAGUUGUGAGACCUCAAACAAAUAACCCUUCUCUCUUUCAGACUUAACUAGUUGAUAUGGUUCCUAUAUGU